AUGUUAGAAAAUAUUAAAGAACAAAAUGACGAUAAUGUAUUCAGAGUUGUACCAAACAAUUGCAAAAAUGUGAAAUAUGUUUGUUCUACUCUUAAUAUUAAGGGUUGCAAUUCUGCUGCGCAACAAACACUUACUACCAAAGAUAUCGAAGCAUUAGCUGAACAAAAUGAAGUAUAUGCAAAGUCCACUACGGGAAUUAUUAGUGAAACGAAUUUAAAGACUGCUUGUGUUAAAAAUUGCAGUGAAGCUAUUAAUUUUGCUGAAGCACAUUUGGAUGGGGAGCAAGGUGUGGAAGUAAAUAACAUUGAUUUAAAAAUUGUUCAUCAAUCAGAAACUCAAUUAAUUACGAAAAAAGGGGUUCAAGAAAAUGUACAUGAGUUAAAGAAAACCAAUGUGGUGAAAGGCGACAAAAAAGUAGAUGGAAAAAAGAUAGAAGAGAAGAAAAAAUCAACAAUGAUAUGCAAGUUAUCCAACACUUUAUAUAUACUUUCUGAUGAUGAAGAUGAGCAACCUGGGGUAUCACAGAGUAUUCCAAAACCAAACAAUAACGAGCAGUGUAUAAGAGUUGAAUACAAUGAUGAUACUAUGUUAAUAGAUGAAGAUAUAUGCGCUAAAAAAAUUCUAUUAGUCAAAAUUCUCAUAUAG